AUGGACGUCGCCUACAACCAGCACGCGGACCGCGCCCGCCGCAAGAACCGCUCCUCCACAAACAUCAACCACCUCACGCUCGCGCCCCUGACGGUCAAGCUCCCGCUCGGCACCGACGCCGACGACUUCCCCCCCGACGCGCUGCUCCUGCAGCACCAGCAGCAGUACUGGCACCAGAACCCGCCUCGCAGCGCCGGCGCCGGCGGCACGACGUCCUACCUCGAGGGCAAGUCGGCCCCGACAACGCCCCGCCUGCUCUCCCGCUCCGCCACGCCCUCGCGCUCCCGCUCCCACGCCCGCGUCCCCUCGGCCCCGAGCGAGCUCAUCGCCAAGAGCAAGUCGUCGACCUACCUGGCCGGUAGCACGACGAUGACGGCGACGACGACGACGCGCCGGCCCGCCACGUCGGGCACCGCCACGCCGCGCCGCCGCAGCAGCCGCCGGAGGGGCGACGACGGGCUCGGCCCGCGCGACCGCAAUGACAGCGACUGGAUGCUGCGCGCGGGCGCGCUCAUGACCUCGGAGGCGCGCGAGUACAAGGGCCAGACGUGGCUCGUCUCGCGCCAGAGCUCCACCAGCCUGGCGGCCAUGCGCGACGACGACGAGGAGGCCUUUGAGCAGGAGCUCGAGCGCGAGCGCUCCGUCGCCGCCGCCAGCCGCAGGGGCAGCUCCGCCUUUGGCGGCACCGACGACGGCUACGCGACGCCCAACGGCGGCAACGGGAGCCGCGUGCCCAGCCGCUUCAACAGCCGGUCGCACAGCCUCAGCCAGGGCGGCGGCGGCGAGCACCACCGCAGCGCCAGCCACGCCGGCACGCCCUACGACCAGCACCACGCCCACCACCACGCCCUCCACAGCUAUCACCAGCAGCAGCACACGGGCGGCGCUGCCGCCGACGGCAGCUCCUCCGCGUCCUACUUCCCCAGCCAGUCGCCGCACCAGGAGACCCCCACGGCGGCUGCGGGCAUCUCCGGACCCGACUUUGUCAACCUCGACGAGAAGCUCGAGGAGCUGGAGCGCGACACCACGUUCGACGACGAGGACGCGGUGCGGCGGCUCGUCCGCCGCGGGCAGACCGGCAAGGGCGGCUCGUGGAUCGCAAACGUCAUCGGCUGGUCGCUCUUCUCGGUGGACGAAAACGACGAAGAGGACGACGAGGACGAUGACGACGAGUCGGUCGUGGACGAGGACGAGGAGCGGCCGCGGACCGGUCGCACGGGCUGGUCGGACCGUCACUUCGAGGGCGUGUCCAACGCGCCCCUGGAGAGGAUACCGCCGCCCGCCAGCGACGAGGGCGGGUGGAAGGACGCCGCCUGGUUGUUGAGCGUAGCGAGCAAGGUGGUGUUUUAG